AUGGAAAAAGACCUAUUAAUUCGUAUCAUAUUAGAAUUUGAAAAUAAUCAAUUGGAAUAUUUUGCUACAACAGAAGCCAAACUUACUUCAAUUCUUAGUCGUUUUAUUCUUGAUCGACAAUUGAAAUCCACACUACCGAAAAAUUAUUUUAGUGUAUUUGAUUCUCUUGGACGCUACAUAAUUGAAGAUUGUCAGAUUAAUACAAUUUAUCGAUCGGACGAGCAAAGUUCAAUUCGUAUUCGAAUCCUUCAAUGCAAACAAGAUGCUAAUAUUUGCUGUGAAUUAACGCUUAUCGCAAGUCAAGAUGAAACACGAAAUCAAAACUUUAAUCCGAUAACAACUUGGAAAGAAAUUAGUUUAUGGUCAAAAAUUGCUGACAUUAAGACAGAAAGUCCAGUUGAUAGUUUCUUUUUUUGGAAUAUAGAACAUAAACAUAUUAUUGAUGAAAAUGAAACAAUAUCAUUUACACUUGGUAAGGCUGAAUCUGUUAUUGUUGAUGUACUCGAUACAACAAGUGUCAUAGAUAUAAUUCUUUCCUAUGAUAAAAAUAUUCAAAAUAUUCGUAUUCUUAGUUCAUGUCCAGUUCAUAGUAUUUUAAACAAUACAAAAUAUCUUGAACAAGUAGGCUUGAAAAUAUCUCCUCAAGAAUGUACGCUUGUUUUUGUAUCAAAUGAACCAGAAAAACAGAUUCUUGAAAAAACGGAUAUGGAAAGUCUUAUUAGUUACUAUGCAACACUAACUGAUAAACCAGUGCAUUUUCAAAUAUCUAUUCUUGUUCAAAUUAUUCCAUAUGAUAAUGGACAAGAAAUACCUAUACCUAUUUCUCAUCGAAAUAUAACAAUUAAACAAUUAUUCGAUAUGGUUGAAAUAAAAGAUGAUUAUAAAUAUUUAGCAUCGUAUCAAACAAAAAUAAUCUUCUCAGAAAAUACAAUAUUAUCCGUGAUAAAUGAAACGAAAUUUUUCCUUGCAAAAGAACGUUAG